AUGUUGACUUAUUCGCAUUCAUGGGAAUAUUUUUUAUCAAUACAAAUUGAUGCUGCAAUCAAUCCUGGUAACAGUGGUGAAACAGCGUGUAUUCUUAACAAAAUAUUAAAGAAAGAUGAUGUGAUCACAGGUAUUGAUGAGAAAUCAAUUGCUGAUGAUGGAACAAUUGAUUUUCGUCGUGGAGAAAGACUCAGUUUCAUUCAUUUGUCGAAAAUCAAAUUUGUUGGUGAUGAAAUUUCAUUUACAAUUAUACGACAAGGUAAAGAAAUGAAAUUAACAAGUUUAUUAGAUAAUAAUUCCGCACUUGUUCCAUUACAUUCACAUGAUAAACGUCCAGAUUAUUUAAUUUAUGGAGGAAUUAUCCUCACAGUAUUAACUCGUUUUUAUUUGUAUGAAUGGAGUUUUACUAACUGA